AUGAAAAUUGUCCUGCACGUAUUUCUGUUGCAUCUCGUUGCGUUGUGCACAAUCUUCGCUCUGCCAGUAGAUGAAACAACACAAAGUUUGCUCAUAGGAUUAACUGGAGCAACAGAUUUAAGUGCGACCACAGGUCUCGCUCAACAAACCGAAGAGGCAGUAACAUUUUUAGCUACUACACUUGAAGCAGUAGCGAAUGAAAAUGGAACUUUGAAUCAAGCAACAGCGAGUGAUGAUGCUGCAGCUUCUGCUGCUACUGAUGCUGCCGAUCAAGCAACAGCAGGUGCUGCUGACGAAGCAACAACAAAUGCUGAUGCCGCAGCUACUGAUGGUGCUGACCAAGCAACGACUCUGGAAUCGGCCACAGCUGAUACAAAUGCAACGGUUAUCGCUGAUGUAAGAGAAACUACCCAAUCAUUAGAUAAUAAUUCAAGUGAUAGCGAUGCAUUGAUUGUAACAACUAUAUCUACACUUAUCACUGAUGGAAGUUCGAUUGAUGCCAACGGUACUGAUGAAGAUGCAACGGCAGCACCAGGCCCAUCAACAACUGCUGGUCCAACAAAGAUUAAAGUUGUUCUUGAUCCUGCUACACUCAAAGUACAACGUGGACAAGCGUAUGAGCUUAUCUGUACUGUAAACAAUGCCGAUAGUAACACACUCAUCUAUUGGGUCCAAGAAGAACCAGAGCGCCGUUACGCUUUUAUCGAUUCCAAAGAGAAACAAAUCUCUGGAACGAAAGCAACGUUGAGAUCGCGUAUCACACUUGACGAUCCAAGCAAGAUCGGCAAAUAUACAUGUAUGGCUCAGGAUGGAGCAGGAAACAGCGACUCCGCUGUUCUUACCAUGGAAGAAGAAAGCCGUUACUAUCCACAGCCAGAACCACAACAACAACCACAACCCGCAUAUCCCGAUAUGCGACCACCAGUAUAUCAGAACUUUCAAUACUUACGUAUUGCUGCACCGGAUAUGGCUGAAGGGGAUUACGUGGAAAUUCAAUGUGAAGGUGCUUUACCAGACGACGAACCAAGAGUUCAGUGGUACUUCAACGAAAAACUUCUUGGUGAUGAAGAUCCACUUUUUGCACGAGGAAAAACACUUUACAUUCGUCCUAUUUCGCGACCAUACUUGGGAAAUUAUCGUUGUUCAAUUCCAGGUGGUAACUAUGGUGAUGGAAACAGUAUUCUUACCUUUAGCAAACAACCUACUUAUGACGCUCAACCAGGCUACGUUGCACCACCUGACUAUAAUCCUCAACCCGACUAUAAUACACCGCCUAACUAUGAUGUUCAACCUGGUUAUGAUGUUCACGUUCAACCACCACACCCGUCCGGUCCAGUUUCAGUUGAGGAAGGUGGCAACCAAUUGAUUCAAGCUCCAGCUGGAUAUGAUCGUGCAUAUUGGUCACGCAGUGAUGGCCAAGGACUUCCCGAUGGCAUUUAUCAAGCUGGUAACGAUUUACAAGUCACAAAUGCACGCGCUGAGCAUACGGGCACAUAUUAUUGUGACUUGUACAGAAGUGAUGGUACUCGUGUUCAAAUUCCGUAUCAAAUUCAAAUUCGACCUAGCGAAACGCAUUAUCAACCCCAACCUCAAGUACAACAUGGUGGUUUACCCAAGAUAUUAAUUCAACCCGAUUCAAUUGAUCUCAAAGAAGGUCAACGUAUGAUUGUUCAAUACACUAUAGUUUCGGCUGAACCGAUUAACAUUGUCUGGCACAAAUAUACUGCACAAGGCUAUGAACCAGUUUCGGAAGGAUUCACCAUUGAAUCCAAUCGUCUCAUUCUUAACCGUGCUACACCUGAAUCGGCUGGUGUCUAUCGAGUCACGGUCAGUAAUUCACACGGAGAAGUUCACAGAGAAUUACGUGUCAAUGUCGAAUCAAAACGCCAACAUCAUCAUCAUCAACAACAACAUCAACAUCAGCAGCAUCAACAACAAGAACAUCAACAACAUGAUCAACAAUCACAACAACAAUAUCAACCACAAGACUACGUCGAAGUGACCGUCGAGCCAAGAGAAGUUACCAUUGCGCCUGGUGAGAAAAAAACUGUCACAUGUAAUGUUAAAGGUGCUCAACAAUAUCAAGUGACAUGGAGUCAGUAUGGAAAUGAUCCAACUCUUCCCUCAUAUGCUCAUCAACAAGGAAAUGACGUUAUCAUUGCACCGACUGCCGAUACCGCUGCGACACAAAUGUAUCUGCUAUGUCAAGCUUCUGUUCCAGGUCAUUCUCAACAGUAUCCUGCUUAUGCAGCAGUUACUAUUCGCGGUGCAAAGAGAAAAAGAAGAAACAUUCGUCAUUAA